CGUCGCAUAAUCCAGACCUGUCCUAUUUACUGUGAGGACUCGCUCGUUGAAAGAGAGAGUACCUAACGACUUGAAGGUAAACUGGCAUCGUGGUCACCAUCAAUCAAAAACUUCUUUUCGGGACUGUUAAUCACUGCCGUCAGAUCCUGGAGGCGCGAAACGUCACUAUCAUGGGUUUUCUGUUUCAGCACCCCAUCUUUUCUUACUCCACUUAUUGCGAUGUUUCAAACGAUCAUAUAUCUCAGUGCUGCACUGGUCGUGGUUCAAGCCCAGGACUUAGGCGUGCCGCUGUCGUGGAAGAAUUUUAGCAACUCACGGCCGUAUGACGAGCGCGUAUCCAUUGCGCAGACUGCCAUCGACACGAUUCUACCUCAGCUGGACAAUUCCACAGGAGAAUUCAGCGGUAAUGAUGGUGUGCCAGGAAUCGGGUAUUGGCAAUCCGGAAAUGUCUUUUCCGUGAUGGCCAUUCAAGAUUGGCUCGCAGAUACGACGACGAACAAAGCUCUCGUUGAAGACAACUUGGAACUGGUUUGGGGUUUAUGGGAGAACUAUGAUCAAUACGGGUACAAUGACGAUGCAAUGUGGUGGGCGCAAGCGGCAAUAUAUGCAUACAGGGCUUAUGGCAGUGCAACGCUGCUUCAACAUGCAAUCGACACUUGGACUCACGUCAGCAAUUAUGUUCUGACCGCUGAUGAAGCAAGCUCGGGGAGUAGUCCUUAUAAGGAUGUUUCGUUAGUUGCGACCUGCGAUGGAAAGUCGAUGGUAGGGGGCGUUUUCUGGCGGCCGGUCGAGGACGACCCAGGCAUGAACUCCAUCACAACUGGGCUCUACAUAACUCUCUCUGCUUUCCUUGCUGAUAUAACGGGAGACUCCAAAUAUACCGACGCAGCCAUCCAGAGUGCUCAGUGGAUCCAAGCGCUCCAAAUCAAUGACGAUGGUAUCCUUUUGGACAGCUUAAAUGGAAACAACUGUUCGCGAAGCCCAGCAACAUGGCUGUUCACCUAUAAUAGUGGAAAGUUCAUUGAAGGUCUGAGCGUCCUCGCAAAUGUGACGAGCAACGAUACUUGGAAUGACUUAAUGGUAAAUGUCCUGGCAAGUGCAGUGAAGUCGUCUGCCUGGGAAGGAGCCGAUGGCAUCAUUACUGAAGGCGCAAGUCUGACGUCGAACAAUGACGGCGUCGGGUUCAAAGCGAUCUUCAUACGAGGGUUGCUUGAAGCGUGGAAUCGUAAUCCUCUCUACGACGACUUGCGCGUAUUGAUACAUAGCUAUGUUGACGUACAGUACAAUGCCCUUCUGACACAGGUUGAGGAUGGAGGCUCGUAUUCACCGGAUUGGAACGGACCCGCGCAAAAUUUUACAACUUGGGGCCAGAUGGCGGCUUUGGAUCCGCUGACGGUCGCAAUUGCGACUAACUGAAGCAUUUCCCUAUGUUCACACAAGUUUGCCUCUUUUAUAAAUAAUGAGGACUUUUCAUAUCUCAUUUUCGGAGCUAUUGCCU